CUCUCCGUAAUGUCAGAACAAUAUCCCGAAGAUGCCAAGCAUAUCGACAAGCUUUAUGAGUUCGACGAGCGCCUGAGCCAGUCUACGGACAAGUCCCAGAAUGUUGAAGACUAUGAAGGGAUUAUCAAGUUGUCCAAGACGAGCAUCAAGACCAAGCAGCUUGGAGCACAGCUUAUCCCGCGCUACUUCAAGUUCUUCACCGGUCUCUCGACGAAAGCUUUCGAUGCGUACAUGGAUAUCGUCGAGGAAGUGGAUAUAGGGGUGCGUGUUCAAGCCAUCCGAGGGCUUCCGCUGUUCUGCAGCAAGGACACACCUGAGUUUACAUCUAAGAUCAUUGACGUUCUUGUCCAAUGUCUAAAUACUGAGGAGUCGGUGGAGCGUGAUGCUGUGCACAAGGCUUUUAUGUCAUUAUUUCGGCUGGAUACAAAGGGAUCCUUGACUGCAUUGUUUAAGCAUACUGGGGUCACUCCUACUACUGACGAUCAAAUCCGUGAAAAGGUCGUAAACUUCAUCAGAGAUAAGGUGCUUCCUCUUAAAGGGGAGCUGUUAAAGCCCGAAGAGGAAAUGGAAAUAUAUAUAACCGAUUUAAUCAAAAAGAGCCUAGGAGAUGUUUCUGGAGAAGAAUUCAAUAUGUUUAUGGAUUUCCUGACAAGUUUGAGUAUAUUUGGAGGGAAAGCUCCUCAAGAAAGAAUGCAAGAACUUGUAGAAAUUGUUGAAGGACAGGCUGAUUUGGAUUCGCAGUUUAAUGUUUCAGAUUCAAAUCACAUCGACAGGUUUAUAUCAUGCCUGCAAACGGCUCUUCCAUUCUUUGUGAAAGGUGCUUCAGGUACCAAGUUUCUUAACUACCUGAGCAAGCAUAUCUUACCCGCUUUUUACAAGUUGCCAGAGCAGAGAAAGCUUGAUUUGCUCCGAGCUCUUGCUGAGAUUUCACCAUACACAACAGCUCAGAUAGCACGUCAGAUGCUUCCCGACAUAGUUCAACUCUUAAAGAAAUACAUGCCUGCGAGGAAAACUGGGGAAGAGAUGAACUUCACAUAUGUGGAGUGCCUAUUGACCAGUGUUGAGGAUCUAACCAAGGCAACGAUGAAGAAACUAACUCAAGGAAUGUCUGAGCAUAGCAAAGCCAUGUCUGCGGCCAAGACAGAUGAAGAGAAGUCAAGCGUGAAAACGAAGAAGCAGAAUACAACGACUGGACUCAGGACGUGCAACAACAUAUUGGCAAUGACAAAGGUAUUGCAUGUAAAAGCGCCUUCCUUUAUCGGGGACAAGAGUGUAGUAAACCUUUCGUGGAAAGAAGCCACAAAGCCGUUAGCCUCUGCAACAACUGGAGUAAAGCGGCCUGCAAAUGGAGCCGGUAACAACGUGGGCGCGAAGAAGGGACGUGUGCAGAGUCAUCAGGUUGUGAACAAAGCAUUUGAGGGAAACUCAUAUGGUGGUGGUAGAGGUAGUCACAGAGGCCGAGGACAGGGAAGACGCGGUGGUGGUGGCCGUGGCCGUGGAAGAGGCUACUGGUAA